AUGUCAAUAAUACUAGAGGAAACACCACCCACCAAAUCAAAUAGUUAUAUCACUAAAUUAAAACUACCCCAGGUGACAUUACGAUCAACGAUAGUUGGUCUCUUGAUUGGCUCAAUUAUACUAAUAUCAAAUUUUCAAUUUGGUUUACAGACAGGAUGGGUUUCAAUGAUGUCACUUCCUGCAGCUUUAUUGGGGUUUGCUAUAUUCAGAUUAACUCCGAUGUCUAAAAAUUUCACUGAUGUCGAGAAUGUUUAUAUUCAAUCUAUUGCAGUUGCAGUUGGUACAGGUCCAUUAUGUUACGGAUUCAUAGGGAUUAUACCUGCAAUUGAAAAAUUUUUGAAUGCUGACGAAACAGGAUUGGGGCAUAAAAUAUUUUUUUCAACAAAAGAAUUAAUUAUUUGGUCAAUGGGAUUGGGAUUGUUUGGUGUUUUUUUUGCAAUUCCAUUGAGAAGACAAGUUAUCAUAAAGGAGAAGUUACCAUUUCCAUCUGGAAGUGCCACUGCUACUUUGAUUUCAGUAUUACAUGGUACUGAAAUAUAUGAUGAUGAAGAUGACACCAAAGAAGAUCCAGAAGAAGACGAGGAUGAUUUGAAUAAAUCAGUUUUACAGCGUCAAACUUCAUCAUCUCAACUUUUGGAAUCAAUAAAUUAUAAUUCAAAUAUGAGAUCUUUGACUGCCACUUUUAUUAUUUCUUCAAUUUAUACAAUUGCAAGUUUUUUCUUACCCGUCCUCAAAAAGAUCCCAAUAUUUGGUACUUGGGCUUCAAAUAAUUAUGAAUGGAAUAUUCAGCCAUCUCCAGCUUAUAUGGGACAAGGAAUAAUUAUGGGAUUACCAACAGUAUCAUAUAUGCUAUUUGGAGCCGUACUUGGUUGGGCAAUUUUAGCUCCUUUAUCCAAAUUUAUGAACUGGGCACCGGGCCCUAUUGAUGAUUGGAUAUCCGGUGGUCAAGGUUGGAUUUUGUGGAUUAGUUUAAGUAUAAUGGUUAGUGAUUCAUUGGUAUCUUUUAUUGUUUUGAGUAUUAAAAGUAUAAGGGACUUAGUCAAAGAUUAUAAAAAAAGGAAAGCUUCAUAUACUCAAGUUUUGGAGUUACAACAACGCCAGCGAGAAUACAACUUACAACAUCCUGAUGAAGAACAAAGUGAUGAAACUGUUGUUGUACCAAUAAACGCGGCAGUUGAAGUACCUGCAAAUUUUCUUAUCUCAAAUAAAGUAGCAAUUAUUGGAACUAUUGGAUCCACAAUACUUUGUGUGAUCACAUUGAAGAUUAUCUUUGGUAAACUAAUUCCACUUUAUGCUUCCUUGACUGCAAUUUUACUAGCAAUGCUAUUCAGUGUAUUAGCUACAAGAACUUUAGGAGUUUCUGACAUAAACCCUGUAAGUGGAAUUGGAAAGUUAUCACAGUUGAUAUUUGCAUUCAUAAUUCCAUCAAAUCAUCCAUCUAAGAUAUUAAUAAAUUUGAUAUCUGGAGGAGUAGCUGAAGCAGGGGCACAACAAGCUGGUGAUUUAAUGCAAGACUUGAAAACGGGGCACUUAAUUGGUGCAUCUCCGAAAGCUCAAUUUAUUGCUCAAAUUAUUGGAACAGUAUACCUGGUUUUUCUAAGUUCCAUAAUGUAUAAAGUCUACAUGAAAGUUUAUACUAUCCCCAGCGAUACUUUCAGAAUUCCCACUGCUAUCAUUUGGGUUGAUUGUUCGAGAUUAGUUACUGGUGAAGGAUUACCUCCAAAAGCUAUGGAAUUUGCUAUGUUUUUUGGAGUUAUUUUUGGGCUAAUCUCGUUACUUAAAAACACAUUGGACUCAACUUCAAAAUAUUACAAGUAUUUAGUCUACUUACCAAAUGGAGUCGCAGUAGGGAUAGGUAUAUACAAUACCCCCAAUUUUACAUUAGCGAGAUUUAUUGGUGGGUUAAUUGCUUAUAAUUGGCACAAAAUUAGUGAUAAAGGUAGAAUUGGAAUGAUAAUAUUUAGUAGUGGAUUAGUUCUAGGUGAGGGUUUGUUUUCUGGAGUUACUAUGUUACUUACAAGUUUAGGAGUUAAACAUUGGUAG